AUGGUAACCUUCCUCGGCGGCAUUCCACAACGCGUCGCUGACUCUGGUAUAGCCGCAUCGCCUGCUGCUCAGUCGGGAAGCAGUGCAUCCUUCGCCCAAGGCUUCGUGCUGGGCCAAUUGACUCUGGCCUUAAUUCUGAUAUUCCUGAUCAAAUUCUUCAUCUUCGGCGAACCUCCAUCGGCCGACAGUCGGGCAGCGACACGAGCAGCCCUCCGCCGCCAACGUACCCUCUCUCACGCCUCGUCUCUGCGCCGUCGCUCCUUCUCCGACCUCCGUCUACGCAAACGCAGUUCUGCUGCUGUACUCGCUCCACGCAACAUCUCAUCCGGCGGUGCAGUCCUCACAACGGACAAGAUUCUAGAAAAGACGUACUACAAUGUCGACGGGCACCAGCCAGAGAGCUUGGACUGGUUCAAUGUCUUGAUUGCGCAAACAAUUUCUCAGCUGCGUGCGGAUGCUCUCGAAGGAGAUGCCGUACUGACUUCGCUCACAAACGCCCUCAAUGGCGGACAACGCCCACAAUUCAUCGACGAAAUCAAGGUGACUGAGAUCUCGUUGGGAGAAGAGUUUCCCAUAUUCAGCAAUUGUAGGGUCAUCCCUGUCGACGAGAAUGGCCAACCUGUCAAACAAAUGCCCACCAAAAAGGGCACAAAUAGAGGAGGGUUGGGAGAGAGCAGAUUACAAGCACGCAUGGAUGUCGACCUUUCAGACGUCGUCACCCUGGGCAUCGAGACAAAACUCGUCCUGAACUAUCCCAAGCCCUUCUCGGCCGUCCUGCCCGUCGCUCUCGCCGUCUCGGUCGUUCGCUUCUCUGGCACUCUAUCCCUCUCCUUCACGCCCUCCCAACAACCAGACGCUCCCGUCAAUGAGUCCGAGUCGUCCUCGGCAAAUCCAUCGUCUUCGCCCACAACCCUAACCUUCACCUUCCUCGAUGACUACCGUCUGGAUCUCUCUGUACACUCUUUGAUUGGCUCACGCGCUCGUCUACAAGAUGUCCCCAAGAUCGCCCAAUUGGUAGAGCAGCGUAUCCACGCAUGGUUCGACGAACGCUGCGUGGAGCCUCGUNNUCUCCAGCAAAUCGUCCUUCCCUCUCUCUGGCCGCGUAAGAAGAAUGUCCGUGGAGGUACCGACGAGGUUCCCGAGGACGCCAUCCUAUCAGAUGCAGAAAUGGACGCUGCAGCUUCAUCGUCCAAGCCACGCAACCGCGAGCGCAGCCGGGAACCUUCUACCACCAAACGUGAUACACGGGCUGACCGAUCACCUGCUACUGCCACAAGGCCAAAGCCUUCACGACAGGCUUCACGGCAGACCAAGCCGGAAGAGCUCAUGACCGAGGAGGAGAGAUUAGCAGCUGCUGGUGAAGAGCUCAGGGCUGCUGAGCAGAGAGAGUGGUCGAGAGAGCGUAGGAGCAGGGAAAGACACAACAAAAACAAUGAUGAAUCGAUCAGGCAAAGACCACGGCAGAGUCGGCUGGCGAAGGAGUUGGAUGUGCCGUCGUAG